ACCAAUUACCAUUACCGGCACGACUUGACAGCCAUGAGCACUAGUUGUAGCAGUAGCGGUGCCCUUCGCGCCGCCGCCACCAAAGCGCUGCUACUCGUCGUCUUCGUCUCGCUGUCGCGUCCAUUUCCGUGCACGGCGCGCGACAGUCUCCUCCGGGGCGCCUCCAUCGCCGUCGAGGACCACGCCACCGACGUCCUGCUCUCCCCGGACGGCACCUUCGCCUGCGGCUUCUACGGCGUCUCGCCCACCGUCUUCACCUUCUCCGUCUGGUUCGCGCGCGCCGCCGACCGCGCCGUCGUCUGGUCCGCCAACCGCGCCCGCCCCGUCCACAGCAAGCGCUCCCGUCUCAAACUCAGCGGCCGCCGCGGCGCGCUCGUCCUCACCGACUACGACGGCGAGGUGGUCUGGAACUCCACCGUCAGCGCCAGCGCCACCGCUGCGCGCGCGCGGCUGCACGAUUCCGGCAACCUCGCCAUCGAGGACGGGAGCGGGAACGUCCUAUGGCAGAGCUUCGACCACCCCACCGACACACUACUGCCCACGCAGCGCAUCGCCGCCGGCGAGGCGAUGGUCUCGGCAGACAAGAUCCUCGCCGCCGGCUUCUACAGCUUCCGCUUCAGCGACUACGCCAUGCUGUCGCUGGUGUACGACAACCAUGAGAUGUCCAGCAUCUACUGGCCCAACCCCUACUACAGCUACUGGCAGAACAGUCGCAAGAUCUACAACUUCACCCGGGAAGCUUUCUUCGACGCCUCCGGCCAUUUCUCGUCCAGCGACAACGCCACCUUCGGCGCCGCCGAUCUGGGCAAGAAUGUCGCCGUUAGGAGGAGGCUGACGCUGGACACGGACGGCAACCUCAGGCUGUACAGCCUUGACGAGGUCGCCGGGACAUGGUUGGUGUCGUGGAUGGCGUUCAGCAACCCGUGCAUCAUCCACGGCGUGUGCGGCGCCAACGCCGUCUGCCUCUACUCGCCGGCGCCGGUGUGCGUCUGCGCGCCGGGGUACGCGCGCGCCGACCCGAGCGACUGGAGCAGAGGCUGCCGGCCAACGUUCAACUCCGGUGACGGCGGCGGCCGGCCGCGGGCGAUGAAGCUGGUGGCGCUGCCGCACACCGACUUCUGGGGCUUCGACAUCAACAGCAGCGAGAACCUGUCGCUGGACGAGUGCUCGACACGGUGCAUGAGCGAGCCGUCGUGCGUGGUUUUCCAGUACAAGCAGGGCAAAGGUGAGUGCUACCCAAAAAGCCUCAUGUUCAAUGGCAGAACGUUCCCCGGCCUGCCUGGGACGGCCUAUCUCAAGGUCCCGGCUGAUCUCGACAUGCCAGAAAUUCACAUCCACCAAUGGCAAAAGGACGGCGAUCGCCACGCCAUUGCCAUUCAGGAAGACAUUGUCGGAUGCGGUGGCAUGAGCUCACCGGAGUUCUUGCUCAAUGUCUCGAAUGCGUCAUCGAGCAAAAGUAAUCAGGGCAAGUCGAUAUGGUUCUACUUCUACGGAUUUCUGACUGCAUUUUUUGUCAUUGAGGUGUUUGUGAUAGCAUUCGGUUGCUGGCUCUUUUCCAACAAGGGAGUUUUUAGGCGAUGUCAGGUUUCAGCACUAGAUGAAGGGUACAGGAUGGUUACCAACCAUUUUCGCGCAUAUAGUUACGUAGAGCUACGGAAUGGAACUAGAAAUUUUCAGAGUGAGAUCGGCCGUGGUGGGUCAGGUGUUGUGUACAAAGGAAUUCUAGAUGAUGAGAGGACGGUGGCCGUCAAGGUGCUACAAGAUGUGAAGCAGGGUGAGGAUGUGUUCCAGGCUGAGUUGAGUGUUAUUGGUAGAAUUUAUCAUAUGAAUCUUGUUAGAAUGUGGGGUUUUUGCUCAGAAGGAAUACAUAGGAUUUUAGUCUAUGAGUACAUUGAGAAUGGAUCAUUGGCCAAAGUACUAUUUCAAGGGAGGGAUUCUGGUAUGUUUCUUGGAUGGAAGCAAAGGUUCAACAUUGCUCUAGGUGUUGCCAAGGGGCUGGCAUAUCUUCACAAUGAGUGCCUUGAGUGGAUCAUCCAUUGCGACAUGAAGCCAGAGAACAUACUAUUGGAUGAAGAUAUGGAGCCUAAGAUCACUGACUUUGGCUUGUCCAAGUUGUUGAAUAGAGACGGGUCUGGUUCUGACAUGUCAUGGAUUCGGGGGACAAGAGGAUAUAUGGCUCCUGAGUGGGUUUCUAGCCUUCCAAUCACAGAGAAAGUUGAUGUGUACAGUUAUGGAGUGGUGCUUCUUGAACUGGUGAAAGGGGUGAGGAUUUCAGAUUGGGUGUUGGAUGGGAAAGAGGAACUAGAAGCCGAAUUGAGAAGUGUGGUUAAGAUGGUUGUCAGCAAACUUGAGAGCAACAUAGAAUCCUUGGUUGCGGAUUUGAUGGAUGAUCGGUUGCAUGGUGAAUUUAAUCAUUUGCAGGCUAGGCUACUAAUGCAAUUGGCCGUUUCAUGCUUGGAAGAAGAUAAAAACAAAAGGCCAACCAUGAAGUACAUAGUACAAAUGCUUAUUUCUGCUGAAGAUGAUGCUCAUGCCUUCACCUAAUUCCGAUGGUUCUAACACAAGUAUUUGAGAUUUAAUAUGAAGUUCACUCUUUAUCUAUUUCACCCUUUCUGUAAAAACUAUGCAAAUUCAAGAGCACUGUACUUUGUUAGUUGGAAGAUUGUAAGAGAGUGCAGGUUCUUAAGGACAACUUGAUAAACAUCACUAUAGUACUGAAAUUAUGCUAGCAA